AUGCACACUAUUCUUGAUUACAUAGAAGCUAUGGUAGACUUCCUCAUGAAUCUUGCGUCGAACAAGAGCCAACCAACGCCCCCGACAAUCAUCACCUCGCCCGCUAAACACUUAUGCGACGACAAGAAGUUUUGUUAUUUGAUCUGCGGGCUCCGGGCAGCAGUAUCCCGUGGCUGGCUCCAGACUGCAAAGCUACUCUUGGACCAGGGAGCUGACGCAAAUGGGGUCCGCGAGGAAAUCGAUGACCGGCCUGGGACGGCCGUGCGGUUGGCUGUUGUUCGAGAUAACGUAGAUAUGGUCAUGUUGUUGCUAGUUUACGGUGCUGUGGUACCAGGUGACAUGGUCGUCUACCCAAAGGCAAACAGUGUAAUGGCAAGGGUUGCGCGAGAGGCUUGGGAACAACAGCAGCGAGGCUAG